AUGGGAAUAGGGACCAGCUACCCGAACGAGCUCCCGGCGGUCAACUAUGCCAGAGACGUGGCCUAUCUCGAGAAACAAGACGAUCCAAGUCAGAUCCACCAGCAGCAGCCACAACAGCCCUUACGACGAUGUACGAUUCUUCCACAAACAGGGCGGCAAAGAGUGAUAUGGGCGGUACUGAGCCUUGUCGUGAUCAUCGCUGUCAUCGGCGGUGCGGUCGGGGGAACGCUCGGACGAAGGAGUACUGCUUCCGUUAAUUCAGCCAACCAACCACCGACUCCGAUAUCAAGCUCCCCGGCCACCGCUCCUACACAACCAAGAUCGAUCAAAGCCAAUUCGCCCCUAGGAGUGACGGCUUGGAGGAAGGUCACCGGCGCCGAAUUAUACUUGUACUAUCAGGGCCAGGACAACGUCAUCCGCCUCUCCAAAUACGACAGUGGACGAGGUUUACCAACGCAGAAUAACUCUUACUGGUUGGAACCGGCUGCCGCUGCGGCUGCUGCUACGUCGAACACGGCCAUCAGCGCGACAACGGUGGUUUAUCAACAGAUUUAUCAGCCUCAAACUCAGACCUACUUCUUCAAUGGCCCAAACAACCAGUUGAGCGGUGUCAACCACAAUACCCUCUGGAACCCUCCAAACAAUGCAGACGGCAUCAACAUGUACAAUCGCACCGCAGAUCAGCGAAGCUCCCUCGCGAGUUAUUGGCCAUACACCAUCUACCAAAACAUCGACGGGCGUCUUGUUGAGGUGCAAAAUGUGCUCGGCGGGUACGGUGAGGGCACCUUCAGCCCAUCAGGAGACUACGCGGCACAAACCCUCGAGAUCCUCGCUUGCCAGGGCUCAGGCAUCGCUAUAGUGCCGCUCUCGACUGCCUUUGAGACCGUCGCUCAACCGGGAGGCUAUGGUAUCGUGUAUCAGAGCCUCGUGGGAUCGCUGAAGACUUUCAUCCCCAAUGCGCAAAAGACAACAAAUGUCUCCCGGUCUUGGCCUCCAGAUGUUACUCUCCCCGACAUAUCUUUCCCAAAGGGCUAUGCCAUCGCGGCAUUUGCGACAGCACGUCUGGGCGAUCGCCAAAAUCGCACAAACACCUUUAUACUAUAUCAAGAUACAGAUAGUGGCAUCGUUGCGCUGCGUCAAGAUGAUGACCUGAGCUGGAGGAGCUCUCGGCCGGCCGCGCUAGCCAAAGCGGACAAUGGGACUCGUAUCGCCUGCAUCACGAUGCCCAUGUCGGCCAGGAACGCGGAUUUGAAACCGCUUGCUCUUGAGGAGGCCUCGGCCGAGAACCGGUGUUAUUUUCAGAGGGACCUGGCGGUGGUGGAGGUUCAGCUGAAAGGUACCGAUUGGGUGGAAUUGGGCACGGUUCCCAUACCGUAG